GAAGUUAUUGUGAUAGAGGGAGUGAAGUAGAUGAACAUUUUUGAGCAGCGUCUUAAUUUAUGUUCAGCCCCAGAUUUUGUUAGAACAGUCAAAUCAAGGAGGAUGAGAUGUUUGAAGAUUUGUAUCAUGCUGCCUUUUAGAAUAUGCCACAUCAGGGUCACAUUGAUGAUGGAGACAGUAAGCUCCAUUAAAAUGUUAUCCAGUUUCUACCAGACUACAUUUUGCAAUAUUCAAGGAGAUAGCCAUGUUCACACUUGCUACUGUGGGGCAAGUUUCACAUCCACAAAAAAUAAAGGGUAAGAUUAUAAUUAUGUAUAUUUUAAUGGGAAUUUUUUUAGAUAGCUCAGGAAGACUAAGCAUUCCCCAUAUUUAAUAUGUAUAGUAUUUAUGAAGUUCGUCGAAAUUGUCCACAAUUCGUAUGCAAAAACAUUAAAUUAUUUAUCUUUAUCAUUAUAUUUACUUCCGUUUGUCUAUAACGGAAGUCAUUGUUAUUCUGUGACAAAUAGACUCUGCGUCUGAAUUAAUGAGGGCAGCAUCUGUUGUUUAAUGCGCUGACGCAUUGCAUUUGUUUUCUGCAGUUCCACGUAGCGCCGCUUAUGCGCGUACAUGUUCUGUUAAUUGUGCCGGCAAACGUGGUUAGAGCUGUUCUUAGGUUUUGUGGUUGAUGUCUGUAUUUUGGUACCAGAAGGAGAAGAAUGUAACUAAACACGACUAUAGAAUUAGACUGACAAACCAUUUUCGUAUCUGUGAGUGAAGAGUGAUUUUGUGUACAUUUUAAUGAAGUCAGCUUUGAAAUAAGAAGUUUUUUUCUUUUUUGAAAAUUUUAAUAAUAUGGGUAAAAGAAAGGACAUGACAUCAGUAGACUUAAAAGAAAUCAUGCAUUCGGACCAUUCCGUCUUUGGACACAGUGUAAUAGCUCGGCAGUCGACUCCAGAGAUCAAAGAAGCUUCGAUGUUUGUCGAAAAACCUUUACCUGGAAAUAGAAAAUUGGAGAAGGCAAAAUCCGACAACUCUAUGGUUUUGAAAAGUAAUGGGACCAACAGUGAUUUUAAAUAUAAUGGAAUUAAUUAUAAAGAAGGUGAAAAUGCAAAAGAAAUUUCAAUUAGACAUUGGCGUUCAGCAGAAUUUACUACGAAGUCAGAACAACGAAACAUGAGUAGUGAUUAUUUCAACUAUAGACAAAAAUCGACGUUAGUGACAUCUACAAAUGGCCAUAGCAGUUUACACUGUUCUUCAUCUCAAAGUUCUGAUUCAAAUGAAACGUUGUCUAAUGGCAGUCGAGAUUUGUCACUUUACAGUCGUAAAUCGAUUUUAUUUCACGCAUCAUCAUCGCUGUCCCGUGAAUCAUCAAUUGAAGAACAAACCGAAGAUGAUGAUGAUGAUAAAAGUGUUAAUGGUGAAAAUCGUGAACGGGGAAUCAGCGGUAAAGUCGAUAAUCGACGUGUGUCCGAGUUACUGGAUGAACUUCUUCUGGACAUUUAUGGGAAGUGGAGUUGUGACGGGAAUCAGAUUCCCUUCGGUCGACGCCGAUGCUCUACAAACAGCAGCGCCUACGAGUCGGAUUAUUGUACUACAACUGGUUCUUCACCGACAUGGAAGAUUCAGUCUUGUUCCUCGGCCCAGCGCUUCAACGACUCACUGCAACGAGAAAGGCUCUCAGCCAGAAGUGUCCCCGAACUUGAAGCUUUAGUAGCUUCGCGACGCUUUGACGUCCAGUACGCAGGGUCGAUUUUAGUACGCCAGCUCAAGCGUCGUGACGCCCUCAUCUCAAGACGCGACAAACAGAAUGACGUCGUCACAGCUUUUCUACAGGCCUUGUCUGAAAAGAGGAGUCAGGACACGCGAAUUCGCUUCAGUGUAAUGCCUUAUCCGGGAGACAGUGGAUUCACGCAAUGGCGAGACGCCAUGAAGAUGGUAGCACGGUUACCAGGUGGCAUCCCUCCAGAGUUCAGGAAAAGAUUGUGGCUGACUGUAGCCGAGAAACAUCUCCAGUCGCGGGGUGUAGACUGGACUCACGCGGAGAAAUUUUGUUUCAACGAGUGGACCAAUCCAGACGACGAAGAACUGGGAGUUCAGAUUGUCAAGGACCUGCACCGAACUGGCUGUUCUUUGUUUUGUGGGGCUGCCGCUGAAGAAAACCAGGCGCUGCUCAAACGAGUUCUUCUGGCUUACGCGCGUUGGAACAAGGCUGUGGGAUACUGCCAGGGUUUCAAUAUGCUGGCCGCUCUCAUCCUGCAAGUAAUGGACCGCUCCGAGACUGACUCGGUCAAGGUGAUGAUCUACCUGAUAGAGGGAGUUUUACCAGAAAGUUACUUUGCAAAUAAUCUACGUGGAUUGUCUGUUGACAUGGCUGUGUUCAGGGACCUCUUGAGACUAAGACUGCCAACAUUGUCCCGACAUCUGGAGCAACUCCAGCAUGACACCAGGGACAGUGCUACUGGGACAAGUUACGAGCCACCGCUGACCAACGUUUUCACAAUGCAGUGGUUCCUUACGCUGUUUUCAAAUUGCUUGCCACAACCGACGGUGCUGCGUGUAUGGGAUCUCAUUUUUCUUGAGGGCAAUGAGGUUCUGCUGAGGACAGCACUGGCAAUUUGGGACGGGCUAGCAGAUCGCAUCAUGGCUGUAGACAGCGCUGAUGAGUUUUAUAGCAUCAUGGGCGUUCUGACUCGAGAGAUGCUUGAGUUUGGACUCAUGGAUACAAAUAAAUUAAUCAAGACAAUAGUGACCAUCGCACCAUUCCCUUUCCCCGAGCUUCCAGAACUGAGGGAUAAAUAUUUGUACAAUAUCACACCCUGGACUCACACUGUGUCCACAGCAGCACGUCGAGGACUCAGGCUGUUCUACUCGGAUGACGACGAUGACGGUACAGACGAGGAUGAUGAGAAAAUAGCUGUUGCCGCAGCCUAUGGUGUAUCCGCAGUCUUCAGGUCACCACGAAGAAAAGAUUCCUUGACUCGAGCUUCGUCACCGUCGUCUCCCUUGUCGACCUUAAAUUACGGCACUGCACCUGAAAGGGACCGGCUAGCACUGGAUAUAUCGGCACUGAAACAACAAUAUGCCAAGUUACGUGAGCGACAGCGCCAAGCCCACAUCAUUCUGACUGCAGCUUGUGCGCGACAGCCGUUGGGACCAUCAGUUCCCACUCCAGUAGCCAUGAACCAUCUGCUUUUGGGGAAGAGUGCCCUACUUAGUGUGAGGGGUAGAAGGGGUGGUCCACCCCCUGGAGCAGUGCCACCCCCAGCGAGUAUCACCUUGAAAUCUGCUCCUAAGCAGCAAAGGGGUCGUCAGCAACAACGCAUCACCCCUCAAGGACAACUGAUCACGGCAUCAAAUGUCGAAGUGGUUUCACCGCAGAUUCAGCAGCAGCAAGAAGAAAAGUCGGGCGGAGAAACACUGCAUUGGAAAGACACCGGGCAAAGGAGGCAGCGCAGAGGAUCGCAGCUAGAUGCGACAGUUGUGCAAAGUGUCGUUUCAGUCGACGCUGAAGAAAUCCAAGGGAUCAGACAGGAGGCUAUAGUGAGGGGAGCAGUACCAGUAAUCAUACAACCAGAGUUAGGGACAGAUGUGACUGGGAAAGAGCUCGAUGCUGAUAGUGAUGACAGCAAAAGUAGCACAUCAACUGAAUUGUGUGAUGAACCAGACCGGCUGAGUGACUUCGAUUCUGAGGAGCCUACAAGUGUCAGUGACACAUCAUCGCACGUUGUUUCUACCGCUGAGGCCAGUGUUACAAAAUUGCCGUUCCUUCCUCCAGCAGAUAGAUCAGGUCUUCCUACUCCAGAAUCACCUCUUAGAAACGGCGUUUCGCCACUGACGCCCGUAAAGAACACAAUUGUGCCACCGAAGUCAGGAGAAUCUUUUGUGUCUGACACUAAACCUACAAUAAUAUUACCGUCUAAAGAAACAGAAAUAUUAACAACAGUCAUUUCUCCAACAUCUGCAACAGAUGACCUUAUAUCUUCAUCAGCGCUGAAGGAGAAUUUUGAAUUGACUUCUCAAAGAGAAACAUCUUUACCGGCUGCGAACGUUUCUGCCUCGAAGCUGUCACCUUUGAAGGAAAUAUCAGUCUGUGCGACUACACCAGAAAUUUAUUUCAGCGUUGUAGAUAAUGAUGUUAAACCGUUAAUUUCCGAAGAUAAUGAAACAAUGAAUUUGAAUGAGAUUAUCACAGUUUCCGAGCAUGACCACUCGAAGCAGUCAUUAUCAGACAAGCCUGAGUCUUCGGUAGGAAAUAAUAUUUCUCGUACUGGUAUCUUAGACGAGUCUUCAGUUUCAUCUGAACAAUUUUCAUCUUUCCAUACAUCUGAAUUAAAAAUGCAGGCAAGUGAAGAAGGUAAUAAUGAUGAAAUUAUUCCGAGAGAAGAAAAAGACAUUCAUUAUGGUUCUGAGACAAAAAAAUAUGUUGAAAUUAAUGAGGUAGAAUCUGACACACAUUUUAUAAAACAUCCUGAUGCGUACCCAUCUGGUUCAGUAUUAAUGGAAGUAGAAGGCAAAACUGAAGAAAGAAUAGCAGAUAACAUUUCUGCAGACCUCACAUCUGCUAAAAUUACCGAUUCUUCCAUGUCGAAAGGCACGUUUAAAUUAGGAAUUACUCAGAAGGACCAUUGGGGUACUGUUGAUUCAUUAGAAAGCCCCGUUACAGGAACACGACAAUAUAUUCACGGCACUUCGCCUUUAUCUCCGCAGUCUGGUGAUUUCUUUUUAUCAACACCCGCCAAGAUGCUUCAUGAUACGAGAGAAAGUGAUGAUGAAACUGAGGAAGAAUUAAAGACAGAAAUUAAAAUUUGUAGGAUAUGUACAGAGCGAUCGAUACCAGAGAUUGAUACAUCUUGCGUGGUAUUCGGUGACGUUGCAGAGUGUGAUACCGCUGGUACCGAAGCAUUGCAGGAUUUGGGGAGUUUUGAGAAUACAAGUGUAAAUGUGAGCGAUGGUGAAAAUAUUUCAAAGUUACUUGAAUUGAACCAGAGACUUCAGGGCAGGGAACAAGCAGUAACAGUAGAAGACAUUGCAGAUAGUGAUGUAAGCGAGAUAGACUACGCAGAAAUGAGUAAUCUGUUAGAUAUCGAACAUAAUAUUAGUCUUGGGCGUAGGAAUAGCGAGCGCGCGCUGAAGAUAAUCCAGGAGAACUCAGAAAUUCUCCACAGAAUUCUACAAUGCCAGACAAGACGUCCGAGUAAGGUAUCAGAAGAGGAUACUAGUGGCGGUACCACGACCAUUCCGUCAGAAACCGAUUCCAUCCCCACAUCUUCCAGCGCAGAAAAUGUCGACAUUGCAUCAAACGAACUCCUACGAUCUGUAACUGAUGUGCCAAAAACUGGUUCAAUUGACAGUUUUCUAGCAGUUGCGAAUCCAGAACAUGGCAUUUCUGUUAAAUUACCAAGUUUAGUGUCGUUAAAUUCACCAAAUUCUAUCCAUUCCAUUUUGAGAAGUGAUAAAGCCGUUGAAGUCUUCCCACGAGAUCCACAAAUAGAAGGUGGGAUGUCCAUGGAAUCCCAGGGCUGUCAGCAAGAGAAGGAAGAAGAUGGUACAGUUAUAACUGCAGAGUGUUUUGAUACUCGCGACUCUUCGGUUCCUUUUAUGACUGAGGAAUUUCUGAAGGCAUAUAAUUUCUCGAAACCAAAACAAAAUAACAUCGUGUCAUCGCCUAGAUCAGCUGUAAGAUUCUCCAUGUCUUCAGAAGCUCCAAGCAAGGAACAUUCCGCGUUCUCAAUAGAUUCAAGAAGCGUUAAACCGAAGACAGAGCUUGUUGAUGUUACACAAGUGCCCCUUCCUUCGGAUGAACAAUUUUUGUCACAAUCCGAAGACAGAACUGCUUCAGAGUUAACUAGAUUUUCUGACGAAGAUUCUGGGUCUUCUAUAAGUUCUGAAACUGUUAAACAAAAGACAGAAUUUUCGUAUCUUCCAAAAUUGUCAAUUUCUACGGAUGAAAAAUUUCUGUUACAAUCUGAAGACAGAUAUUAUCCCGAAUUAACUGGGUCCUCUGACCAUUCUUCAUACCCAUUUGAUGAUAAUGUUCAUCACGCGGAAAGGACGAUACACAGACCUACAGAACUGGAGUUGGAUAGAGUACAUUCUCCAUCGACAACUCAGUCUAGUUGGGAAAGGUUUUCAUCAGUGGACAGUGUUUUUCCUAAAUUUCCUAAAAACUAUUUACCUGAACGUAAAACUCAGAUUUCCUACUGCUCAUAUAGUUCAAAAUGUGAAAAGGAGAGUUUACAGCUUUUGGAUCCUACUGUAAUACCAGUAACUGACGUGAAAGCGUUAACACCUAUAAAAUGUACUGACGAUGGUGGCGGCAGCGACGGCGACAUCAAAACAGUUGAACAUCUCGCGGUUGAUAAGACGUCUAGUGACUUUGAUACUGUUACAAGUUUUUCAAAGUUUUCCUUAGAUUCAUCACCAGAUUUGUGUCAUUCUGUUGAGAAAUGUAAACUGAAAGACGAUUCUUCGCCAAUAAGAUCCACCAUUGAUAGUCGUGAUUUAUGUGCUGGCAGUAACUAUACCACUAAGACGUCAGAUUUUAGCACUUCAAAGCCAUACAUAAGCAUUUCGAGGUAUGAAUAUUCUCCUACAAGGACAAAAUCAUGGAACAUAGAGAAAGAAUGUAACACAGACCACGUUGAACAUGAUAACUUUAAACACAGAGAAACCCCAUCAUCAAUGAAUACUAAAGAUUCAGCGUCCCAUUCUUCUGAUAACAUUGUUUUCAAAUCUUCGUCUGCCAAAAGUGAAAUAACACCUGCAGAUUAUUUACAGACGUCUCCAUCUUUUAAGAGCAGACUCGUAGAAGACUUUCAAUACCACGUCCGUCCUGAUUCAGCUUCAUCCUCUGACUUCAGCAGUGGGAUCCAGGAUGUAGUUCAUAGAACCACCACAAGAAAUCAUGGCAGGCCUCAUUCAACGAUAAUUUCAGACGUCACCUCCACAGAGAUUUUGAAUCGAUCCUAUUCUUCAAGUUCCAUUGAUGGCUGCAUUAUGAGAAUCGGGCAAGAUCUGUCUUCUCCAUCAGCUUCGUCUCGUAACGAGCGGUCUGUGCCUUCCUUUAAAUCUGUAGGUGAUGUAUCAUCUUCCGUAGCCGUCAAUAGAACCCAAAACAGUGUGUAUAAUCCAAUGUAUGAAAUCAACAGUUCUAUAAAAGUUCCAGAUACUGUUCAGUACACGCGUUCUGCCAAAUCACCGUCGGAGUUGAGAUUUACGACUAAGGAUCUCUCACCCCGAAGUUGGGAUAAAGAUGAUCCAUCAUCGUCUGUGAAGUCAGAAUGUAUAAAGGAGAAUUCCAACUAUCAAACUCUUUCCAGUUCCUCGUCAAAAAUUAAAGUAGAAAAAUCUUAUUCUCCUACAGUUUCGCCAGCGAAGUGUAAAGAUAUUCAUGUUUCUUUGCCCCCCAUCAAGUCGUCAGUUCUUGGUAGCCCUACAAAAUUAAAAUCAAACUUUGAUCCGUUUCCCCCAAGACCCGCAUUGAGGCAACCCAAAGAACUGGGCAUAAAGUUGGGGCUUUAUUCAACAGAUUGUGUAAAUAAGAAUGGGAAGGCAGCUAGUAAGAACACAUGAGAAGAAACAUGUAAGUAAAUAUUUCUAUAUAUAAGAAAUACAUGUGCAUCUCGUAAACAUUAUUACAACGCAAUUCUAAAUAACAUAAAGAUAAAUUUUUCAAUUCAUCGUUAUUACAAAAGUAACAUGUAUUAUAGAGAAUUAUUAUAAUAAAGUAUUAUGACUUUAACAGAAAAGUA